AUGUUCAAAUCGAUAUUUGGAUGCUUUGUUUCAGCUCGUUGUUGCUCAUCAAGAAAUGUUUUGUGCACCAUCAUGAAGAGUACGAGAAUGGAUACCAUUAAUUUUCAACCAUAUGGUUUUUGGAGUGUAAGAGCAUUUAGUCCAUGUUUCCGAUAUUUACGAAAAGAUAAUUCGGAAUUUGAAAAUACUAUUGUCAAGGAUGAGCCUGAUGUAACAAACACAGCAACCAAAAACAAUCCAAAUGAAAACCAUGAGAAUUGUAAAGACUCAUUAAAUCAAGUUAAAACUCAUGCAGAAAGACAAAAACAAAAAAUAUCAAAAAAACGAAACCAACUAAUGGAAAAGGUACAAAAGUACAAAGAAUUGAACCAAAAGAUUUCGAAAGUAACAGAGCCUCCAAAGAAGAAAAAGAAAAAAUCUCGUGCUCUUUUAGAAGCGGAAGCUAAUUUAAGAUUUUUAAAUAAUAUGGAUGCUCAUAUAAUUAAACACAUGAACAUUAAGGACACAGAUAUUGAUGAACCUCCACCAAGCUAUGUUAAAACCUAUGAAAUUGGUAACAAUAGAAGGACCGACCCUCGUCAUUUGGAAGAGCGAUUAUUCACUUCUAUGAAGCCAAAACCAAAGAAAAUUAAAAAAGGUGAAACAAAGGAAAUUAGAAGAACAAGAAAAAUUUUGGAUGAUGAUGAAAAACAUUUGAAGCCUCAAAAACCUCGAUAUUUAUAA